UUCCAGGUUCUGAGAUGACAUGUUUAAUGAUGUCACAGAGAAGUUACCCAUGUAUUCCAGGCAGGAUACUGUAAUAAACAGGAGACAGCUACAGUGAUCCAACUAAACCAACAGGGGAUUUUCAUCAGCACUUCCCUGGUGUAAUCAUGGUGCAGAUUAUUAAAGACUUGAAUGAAUUUAAAACAUUUUUGACAGCUGCCGGACACAAACUCGCGGUGGUUGAAUUUUCUUCAAAACGGUGUGGUCCCUGCAAAAGGAUGUUUCCUGUUUUCCAUGUUAUGUCUGUGAAAUACCAAAAUGUAUUUUUUGCUAAUGUGGAUGUGAACAAUUCUCCGGAGCUGGCUGAAACUUGUCACAUCAAAACAAUACCCACAUUUCAGAUGUUCAAGAAAAGCCAGAAGAUUUUUGAAUUUUGUGGAGCUGAUGCUAAAAAAUUGGAAGCCAAGAUUCAAGAAUUAAUCAGGAUGAGCAAUUAUCAGAGAGAUGUUAAAGAUACAACAGCACCAACUAAGACUUUCUUCGUGAGUAAUCAGUCAGUAUUGAAAGAUGAUUGAUUUUUUUUUUUUUUUUCUGAUAUUGAGUCUCACUCUGUCACCCAGGCUGGAGUGUGGUGGCAUGAUCUCCGCUCACUGCAACCUCAGCCUCCCUGGCUCAAGCGAUUCUCCUGCCUCAGCCUCCUGAGUAGCUGGGAUUACAGGUACGCACCACCACGCCCAGCUAAUUUUUUGUAUUUUUAGUAGAGACAGGUUCACCAUGUUGGCCAGGGUGGUCUCGAACUCCUGACUUCAGGUGAUCCUCCCGCCUCAGCCUCCCGAAGUGCUAGGAUUACAGGCACAAACCACUGUGCCCGGCUUUUUUUUUUUUUUUUU